CUUCAUGAUGCAACGGUGCUCAGUGUCUUCCCGCCGAUGAGGAACAAACUAAGAACCUCAAUAACGAAACAAGAAACAAACGAUAGUUAAACCAUGGCGCUCCGUGCCUGUGGGUUCAUCGUGUUUCGGCGUCUUGCAAACUGUCUUCCUCCACAAGACAACAUUGAGUACCUCCUCUUGCAGACCUCUUAUGGGCAACACCACUGGACCCCACCUAAAGGCCAUGUGGACCCAGGUGAGGAUGAUCUCACCACAGCUCUUAGGGAGACUAAAGAAGAGGCAGGGCUUGACGCAGAGGACCUUCAGGUGGUUGAAGGCUUCCUAAAGGAGCUGCACUAUGAGGUGAGAGGUCGACCCAAGGAGGUUCUGUACUGGCUGGCUGAACUGAAAGACCCAGGGACGCAGGUCAUUUUGUCUAAUGAGCAUCAGAACUACCGCUGGGCCCGGCUGGAAGACGCAUGCACUCUUGCCCAGUACAAAGAGAUGCAGGACACUCUUAGAGAAGCACACAGACACUUAAAAACUCAGCAGGACAAGAAGUGACACAUUGGGGAUUCUUGGGUCUGACAUUUAGGAGUAUCUAGUUCCUAUCAAGCUAGUACUCACCUGGAAGUACCUAUCACACUGUCAAUCAUUGGGAAUUGGGAUUUUUACAACAUUAGUAAUGGAAUUGGUUGCAAACGUAGUAACCGUUUCAUCUCAGUCAGUUCAAUUAUUACUUUAAAAAUCUAUUUAGAUCUUUUAUUGUCCUAGAUGCCACUAACAACUUGUGUCGUUUAACAAAAAAUAAAAGUACUGUUUUUCUAUUACUGGCUACUGGACCACCUCUGUUGUGAAGUAGUCAGUGUUAUAUGGACUAUGAUUGAUCACAUAGUUCCAGUAGUAGUAGAAUGGUAAAAGCAGACAUAUCUGUUUGCAUCUCUAAGUAGUAUGAAUUAGAGUUGGAAUAAAUAUGUGUAUUGCUGCUGUAAGGGGAGCGCAUUCUCUUGUUCAAGUAAAGAAACAGUCAGUUUGGCCACAAGAGGGAGACAAAAACAAACAUUUUCCCCACAGCUACAACACACCAUAGGUUUCACCAAUGGUUCCCUGGUGUACUACAUCAUGAUGUUAUACCUGGUCUUGUGUUACACAGCACAUAGUACGAAAAAUACACCAUUAUCCUAUUUUCAGAUAAAACGGUGAAACCGUAGUAUGAGUGGCAUGGACGCCGCUGACAAUCAUUACUAAAUUGUAACGUUUAAUACUGUUGUAAUGUUCAAUCAGGUCAUUGUAUUCUCAGGGCGUUGAAUCAGUGGCAACUGGACUGUUCAGGAUCACACUUGAGCUGUCCUAUGGAACUCUCUAGCAUGAACUGGUUAAGCCUGCUUGUGAGUCUUGAGAGUUGCGAUCAAUUCAAUGCCCUGAGGAUACCGUGUAGUAGUUUGUGAUAGCAAUUUGAAAUAACACUGACAAAGUUAUUUAUGCCUAAAUGGCAUGUACUGCAUUUUCCCAACUGUACAGGGCAGCAGGGCAAGCGGUUUCUUGGGAAGAUUACUUUUUAGAUUACCUUUUUAGCACAAAUAAUUAAAAUAGCAAAUUAUAUUACAAUUAGAACAAUAAAUAAUAUCCUGUUUUGAAGGAUAUGAAUUAUUCUAAUCCAUGGAAUUCAUCCAUGGAAGAGGAAAUUCCAAAACAAGACACAAUUGAUGAAGGGAUUGAUAUUAUCGAUAGGAAUCUUAAUUCUAUGUUUCUCACUGCUGUAACCAAAAAGGAGAUCACUGACAUUGUUAACCAUUUUAAGGCAAAAACAUCAACUGAUUGUCAUGGAAUCGAAAUGGAAACAAUUAAAAGGGUCAUCAAUGAGAUCGCAGACCCGUUAACAUAUAUUAGUAACUUAUCAUUUCAGACUGGAAUAUUUCCAAGCAAAAUGAAAACAGCCAAGGUGGUUCCAAUUUUCAAAAAAGGAGACAAACACCAAUUUACAAAUUAUCGACCAGUUUCCUUGUUACCACAAUUCUCGAAAAUUGUGGAGAAGCUAUUUAAUAAUAGGUUGGACAAAUUUAUUAAUAAGAAUGAAUUAUUGGCAAGUAGUCAAUAUGGUUACAGAGCCAACAUUUCAACUUCUAUGGCACUGAUGGAAAUCACGGAGGAAAUCACUACUGCCAUAGACAACAGAAGAUGCGCAGCUGCAGUAUUCAUGGAUCUGACAAAAGCCUUCGAUACAAUUAAUCACACUAUUUUAAUUUCAAAAUUAGAAAGGUACGGAAUUAGAGGUUUAGUCUUAAAUUGGGUUAAAAGCUACCUAGCAAAGAGGAAACAAUUUGUAAAGCUAGGAGAAUAUACAUCUGGGAGUCUACACAAUACGUGUGGAGUACCACAGGGGUCCAUACUGGGACCAAAACUGUUUAACUUGUACAUUAACGACAUUUGCAAAGUAACUAACAACUUAAAAUUGGUCUUAUUCGCCGAUGAUACCACUGCUUUCUGUUCUGGUGAAAGCACACAAGAACUCAUUAAAAAGGUCAAGGAUGAAAUGGUCAUAUUAAAGUCAUGGUUUGACAAGAAUAGAUUAUCUCUGAAUUUAAGUAAAACUAAAAUAAUGCUAUUUGGUAAUAGUAGAAAGGACACGUACGACCAAAUACAAAUUAAUGGAACGGAUAUUGAAAAAGUGGAAGAAUAUAAAUUCCUUGGGGUUAUAAUAGAUGAAAAAAUGAGUUGGAAAUCUCAUAUUAAAUAUAUACAACAAAAGGUGGCGAGAAAUAUCUCUAUAUUGAAUAAAGCAAAAUAUCUUCUUGAUCAAAAAUCACUCCACACUCUGUACUGUUCCUUAGUAUUACCAUAUCUAACGUAUUGUGUGGAGAUAUGGGGAAAUAACUACAAAAGUAAUCUUCACUCACUCACUGUACUGCAAAAAAGAUCUGUGAGGAUAAUUCAUAAUGCCAAGUAUAGAGAACAUACAAACCCUUUAUUUUUAAAAUCACAGAUAUUAAAAUUCACAGAUUUAGUACACUUUCAAACCGCUAGAAUAAUGUAUAAAGUUAAUAAUAACUCGUUACCCAAAAAUCUAAUCAAGUAUUUCUCAAUCAGAGAGGAGAAAUAUGAUCUUAGAGGAAAAUUAAACCUAAAACAUUUAUAUGCGAGAACAACGCUGAAAACCCAUAGCAUUUCCGUGUGUGGAAUUAAAUUAUGGAACGGAUUGAGUAAAGAACUCAAACAAUGUACAGAGAUGAGCAAAUUCAAAAAACAAUACAAGCAGUUGAUGUUUGCCAAAUACAAGGCAGAAGAGUCCUGAUUGUUCUGUCAGGUUUG